CUUAUCAUCAUUUCUCUCUUGUUCCUGUCUCCAUCAUAGAGCUUUUCCUCUUCCCCUCCAUGAUGAAAGAACUCUAGCGCUCUCCUUCAUCUCCCCUGAUCUCUGAUCACGCAGCGCUGGUUGAUCAGUCCACUCGUUUUGUAACACAGAAGUUUCGCAUGGUCGCACAGCGCGCAACUGGGAAAAAGCACCACCGGCUUUUCUGUGGUUCAGCCUACUCAAGGCAGAGCUUAUAUCUACCUCGCAGGUUCCCCUGAAGGGAACAGUGUCUCCCUCCUUUUCUAACCAACAUCGAAAAUUCAUCACAAUGAUUGCCGAGCUUGUCACUCUAAUCGUCAUGUCGCUGGCCCUGCCACUAUGGCAGUGGUAUCAGCCUCUUUCCCACGUCUCUUCCUCCAUCCCAUCCGCCCCAUCCACAACCGACUCCAUCUCACACCAACAAAAGGCCCAGCUCCACGAAGUCGCGGACUUGAUGUCGGAAAUCUAUCAGACUCUCGUUGAAAUGCGAUACCUUGAUCCAGCUGGCGUCCAACCCGGGCCACACAACCUCACGGCACUCGAACCUCAUUUCGAAGAGCUGCAGAUCGACCCGACCGUCCAGUACCUCUACAGCAUCCUACCAUACAUCGACACGGAAGCCGCCGGCAACCGCGUGUUCUUGCACGGUGGCGAGUUCACCGAUUUUCGCGACGUCGACCAGCUGGAACAAGGCCGCGAUCCCUUCUACGGGUCACCCAGUGAUCCAUUUUUCGAGGACGAAGACGGACCGUACAUGCGCCCGUGGGUCACGCCACUCACCCAACUCGGAAACCACGGCAGUGUAAUUGUCUACGACGCGCGCCGCCACUUCAUCUGGAUCAUUGACCAAGAGGGCUGGUCAACGACUGACCUGGCAUUGCAGGAUGUUGAGGAGAAGGAGCCCGUGUCGGCCAAUCGAAACAGCUUUGAGCAUAUUCCGCAUCGCCCGGCCGGGGAUGUGCUUCGGGAUAUUGUGCGGUGGCAUCAUGCACUCGAUGAAGUUCCUAGCGGAGGGGAUGGUUGGGAUGAGUGGUCGGCUUUGGAAGAAGCACAGGUGCGAGGGUUGUACCAGAAGAACGGAUGGCCGGAUGCUUUCGACGGAGACGCGUUUGAGAUUGACCUCGUGAGGUCGAUCGCUGACUUUGUAGUGGAAGAAUUUUCGACUCAACCACUCGAAGGUGUGCAGUACUACAAGGAUUUUAUCGAUGGUGGCUAUCGCCACCUCGCGGAGGCGGAAGAAAAGCUGCGAUUAGCUCGAACCCGCGAAGAAGAGUGGGAUGCGCGUUGGCGCAUGUUGCUUGCGGAGGCGCAAUAUCGACGCGGAGAGGUGUUCUUGGGAGUGGCUGAGCAGCACGCCGACAAAAUGUGUCCGGGGAGCGUUUGUCUCCAGCCGCAGGGUCGUCCGCUGUGGGAGGUGCAGUUCUUGCACGAGGAAGUCGAGCAGAAGAAGACUGAAUUGGCUGAGGCGGAACAAGAGUGGACGGGCGGAUCUGGAGAACAACAUGUGCUGGGCAUUGAUGCCGCGCAGUGGAAUAAGGAACAACACCUGGCGAGACGGAGACUGGCUGUCUAUCAGAACGCGCUCGAGGCAGCACGCUCGGACGCAGAGCGGCUGUGCCCUGGUCAGACUUUUCAAUCGAUGACUGGGUUAGAGAGCUUGCGAUGGGCGCACGACUGGGAUCGAGAUAUUCAGGUUGAGCACGAUUUCACUGUUCAAGAGCUCGAGAGUGCGAGGAAGUUUCUGGCCCAAGUCCCAGAUGCAGUCGAAAGUGUUCGAUCUAAGGUUACGGAAUACAUUCGGAAUACUGAAGCCUGGUUUGAGUACUCGGAUUCGAAAGCGACCGAGAUUCGAGAAUAGUUGCUCGCCCUACCGGUUGAGUUGUCAGUGUUCACCACUUGCCAUAAUUUGCUUCGACAACACGGACUCUCAUAUGGCGGCCUAGCUUUCGACUGCCAUCAUGGUAUCGUUUCUUACUAUUGCAAUAAUGAUUUCAUC